AGGCGAAGCGAAGCGGAUGUUCCCCGCGCGCCUUCUUUCGGCGCAGGCGCAGGACGGGGUUGUGGCUGUACUGAGGCUUCGCGGCCCUCUCGCUUGGUCAGUCGCGGCCCCGACGACGCUCCUGUUUCCCUCAGCGGCGGCAGCAGCUUCCCACACAAGGCCGCCGCCAUGGCGAUGCAAGCGGCGAAACGCGCCAAUGUAAGCUGGGACCCCCCCCCUUUCCCUUUCUCCUGUGCGUGGCGGGGCCAUUUUGCACGUCGGCUGCCCUUUCCUCGCUUCCGACUCCGCUUCUCCUUUCUGCCUCUCUCUCUCGCCGCCUUCCGCGUCUGGUUCUGCGCCUCUUCCUCCUCCACCUUCGGGACAUUCAGGAGGGCGCGUCACGUGGGAAAGGGCGUGAAGCGGGUCCGCUGGGGUAGCCUCCUUCGGGCUGGGGGCGGCACUCCCAUAUGUUGUGGGGCUGCCAUUAUUAUUAUUUAUUAGCCUUCGGGCUCGGGGGGGCACCCCCAUAUAUUGUGGGGUUGCCAUUAUUAUUAGUCUUCGGGUUCAGGGGGCACCCCUAUAUGUUGUGGGGCUGCCAUUAUUAUUAUUAUUAUUAAUUAGCCUUCGGGCUCGGGGGGCACCCCUAUAUGUUGUGGUGAGCAUUAUUAUUAGCCUACUUCGGACUCUGGGGAGGCACCCCCAUAUGUUGUGGGGCUACCAUUAGAAUUAUUAACCUUUGGGCUCUGAAGGGCACCCCCAUAUAUUGUAGGGCUGCCAUUAUUAUUAUUAUUAUUAUUAUCAUUAUCAUUAUUAUUCCUCACCCACUUGACAAGUUUGCCCCAGCCACUCUGGGUGGCUUCCAACAUAUAUAAAAACACAAUAAAAGAUUAAACCCCCACUAGGCCUUUAUGGUUUUUCUCCCGAAGCAUCUCCUCUUGUGAACAGAUGCCAAUUUUCAUUUGUCGACUCCUAUGGUCCUGUCCUCUAUGCCAGUAAAUGUUGAUUGAUUGAUUGAUUGAUUGAUUGAUUGAAAUAAAACAUCUAAAACUUCCCCAUACAGGGCUGCCUUGGAAUGUCUUCUAAAGGUUGUAUAGUUGCUCUCUUCCUUGGCUCAGGGGUUGCAUAACUACACACCCUCCAACCUUUCUCCGAUGUAGAGACCAGGAGUCGUGCUUUUUCUGUUAGCAAAGCUGGUUGGGGAUGACCUGGAUAGCACUCACAACAAGGCGGAGUCAUAGAAUUGCAUAGAGUUGGAAGGACCCCUGAGGGUCAUCUAGUCCAACCCUCUGCAGUGCCAAAGUUAAAAUUAUUCUCUGAUUACAUAUCUAUAUACCAUACAAAGAAAUCAUGUUGCUAAUUUGUUUCUGGUUUGUAAUUUUUACCGACUCUAGAUCCGUCUGCCCCCUGAAGUGAAUCGAAUUUUAUAUAUCAGAAACUUACCGUAUAAGAUCACAGCAGAAGAAAUGUAUGACAUUUUUGGAAAAUAUGGACCGAUUCGACAAAUCAGAGUGUAAGUCUGUUGUACGUUGCCAAACAAAGCAUAGAAAUUAGAAUUUUCUUACUUAUGUCAAGUAGCUUUCUAGUUGACUGACGGAUCAUUAUUGUAGCUUUCAAUGUAAAAUAAAGCAGUUGGGGGUCUAAAUAUAUCAGCCCACUUGAUUUGAAUUCUGUCUGGGGAACAAACCAAUAUAGGCAGUGCACAUAGAGACAUAGAUAAUAUGGAGGAUAUUCCAUGAGUGAAAAUAUUAGAAUUAUGUAGAGAGUUUUGGUUGUGUGUUUGGGUUGGGUUUUUUUGUUUUGUUUUUUUACAGGGAGGAUAAUAGACCCAAAAGGGAGCAAUUUGUUGUGAGAAAAUUGUUACUGUAUAGGCAUAUCUUACGCAGCCCAAUCUAAUGCACAGUUUCAUUGGGUUCACCUCCAAGUGAGACAGCAUAGGACUAAUGUCACUGUCUUACCUAGGGUCAGAAUGUAACAGUGACUACAACAAAGAGGUGUAAAUAUUAACAUGAUUUUUUUCUUAAUUUUUGCUAACAUUAAUUUUUUGUUUUGUUUUUUGUUACAGAGGAAAUACUCCUGAGACUAGAGGUACAGCCUACGUUGUCUAUGAAGAUAUCUUUGAUGCCAAGAAUGCUUGUGACCAUCUGUCAGGAUUCAACGUGUGCAACAGAUACCUUGUUGUCUUGUACUAUAAUGCAAACAGGGCAAGUACAAGAGCUUUUCUUAAAACAUUUGAACAUGAGAUUAACUUUUUUAUAAGAUCAUUGUGAAAACAGUGCUGGAAUAAUUCAGUAUAAGUGAAUUGGGGUGUUUCCUCUUUAUUUACCCUCAAUAGCAGGGGCUUGUAUGAAGGAAACAGGACUCUUCCAGUCCUGUUUAUUUCUAAUCAGAUUGUGUGUCCCUUAAGGUUCUCUAAAGCAAAUAUCCUCUAAACUACUUCGGCUGAAAAUUGAAGUGAAUCUGUAUUUUGUGUAAAUCAAAAAACCUGAAUCAUUCUUUAAAAGUGUUUAUCAAACUCGGAACAGAACAAGUUCAAUACAGGCUGCGUAUUCAGAGCAAGGUAUUGACUGAAUGCCCCAGCCAGAGUAUUCAGAGUGGACGGGAAAAUGCACAAUCUCACAGGAUUUCCAUACGUGUUAGGUUUGUCCAGCCCACUGUAUGGACGAGGAACCAGCAGGCAGGAUGGAGGCUUGUUGUUUCAAUGCUUUAACUCACUGUUGCAGACUGUGAAAUAACCUUGUGGGAAAGGUCUGGAUUUCUGUGUACCACAGAAAGAAAAUGAGCAAAUGAUUUGAAUGGUUUGACUCCUCAGUCUAGCAUCUUGGUUUUGAGCUGCUUUGGCUACUAACAUAACUGGCAUUUAUGUUCAAAUCUCUCUUGAGGGUCAGAACAGGUACAAAGACGUCAGGGUUUUAAUCUGUGCAUUGAUUGAUUGACUGAAUCUGUGCAGAUCUUGAUAUGUCUCUUAGAAGCCCUGCAUCUGUCUUUGUCUAUGGGACAAAUGUGGGUUUUUUCCGCAGAAGUUAAAAUGCCAGCAAAAAGGAGGGGGCGGAAUGGGGUUAGUUUAGUUGCUUGUACCGCAUUGAUGUCUUAAAACAAAGAAAGGGAUCACCUUUCUUUCAUCCAGUUCACAAAGCUUCUUUGCUUGGUUACUUGGAGGUGAAUCUUUCUACAGCUGAUGAGAGGAGAUGCCUUAUAAAAGCCUGUUAAAAGGUGUGCCUGGGGGCACCCAGCAAUUUCUCCUCUGUUCCACCUCCUGAUUUGUGAAAAUCUUAGAGCAGCAUGGGCACAACAUGAGGCUGCUUAUGCAGUAUUAUUUAGGGUCAAGUUGUUCUUUCCCAAAUACCUUUCCUGAGGAAUUAAAUAAAUGUGUUUUGGAUCAUAGUUACUAUAAAGUGUCUGCUUUUCUUGGUAGCAAGGCAAGUUGCCUGUUUAUCAUUUAAAUUCAUAAGAUAAUCAUUUAAAUAAAAAAGUGAGAUUGCUUUGAAAUAAAUAGAUGGGAUGAAGUUGUUUUGACUAAAGCGUGUUCUUUUGUUAAUAAUAAUUUUGUUUUAUUACAGGCAUUCCAAAAGAUGGAUACAAAGAAGAAGGAAGAGCAGCUCAAACUUCUGAAGGAGAAAUACGGAAUAAAUACAGACCCACCAAAAUAAAAAUUAUAACCUCUAUGAGGAACUGGCUCUUUUGGACUUUUUUUUUUCUUUUAAAAAAUCCUAUCGGUGUUUCUAAACUAAGUGCCCCACAAAAUGUUCAUGAUUAGUUUGGAGCAAGGACAUUUUGGGAUCUAGAUUUAGUGCAAAUACAGCUUUAUAAUCCCAGUUUUGGAAAGACUCGUGACUGCCCUGCCUUUGAAAUUAAGGUUAGCCAUAGAAUUUGGUACACUUUUGUAGAAAUCUCCUACAGGUCAGAGCCUUAUAAAAAGGCUUUUUGAAUAUUUAAUCAAUAUAAUCAUUACAGUUGUGAGAACAUGUAAAACAUUCCAGGAUAAAAUUCUGUAUUUAAUCUGUUAGGAAAGUACACUUAUUUUGUGUUUUGGUUUCAUAAAUGUAUUUUCACAAUUUGUCUUUUUCAGUGGCAUGAAGAUACGCUUUAGAAAAGAGCUGCAAGUAGGGAAUGAGGUUUGCAAGUGAGAUACUAUGCCUAGUGUUCAUCUAACCUUAGGGAAAAAUUCAGCUUAAUAAUGUCUGAUGCAAUUAGGGUAGUGAACUGGCUCCAAGAUGUAUUUUAAAGAGCUUUGUUACAGAGAAUAGCAGAGUUCAUUUGGCAUUUGCUGCAGUGGUCUAUUUGCUUGGCCUGACCCACUAUCUUGGGUUUUGAAUCCGUCAUUCAUCUGCAAGGACGACUAAAACGACAAACUCGUCUCUGCAGUGAAGCUCUUCAAAAGAUGAAAGGAGUUCUAGGCUUAUUGUGUCCAUCCAGAGACAGUGUCAAUUUUUUUUUUGACAAUGUUUUUCUGGACUGGCUUUUCGUUUUGCUGUUAAUAUUGCUUGCUCUUCUAAGUGACAGACAUAACUUUAAAAUUAAGUUUUAACUUUGUUCAUUUGACAAAUAAAAAUAGUAUGCCAUUUUCCUUUU